ACACACACACACACACACACACACACACACACACUGCACCGCUCGGGCAGGGCGUUGCCGGUCUAUAAAACCUCUGCUGCACUUUGGGUCAACUUCUGUUCAUCAUUUCCCUCCUGUGCUGACGUUCCCCCUCAGUGCAAGCCCACUUGAAGCGACCAUGCCUUCGGAACUAGAGAUCGCCAUGGAGUCCCUCAUCACCGUGUUCCACCGUUACGCCUCCAGGGACGGCAAGGGGACCCUCAACCGGCGGGAGCUGCGGGAACUGAUGGAGAACGAGCUGUCCAACUUCCUCCGAUCCCAGAAGGACCCCGCUGCCGUGGACAAGAUCAUGAAGGACUUGGACACAAACGGGGACGGCCAGGUGGACUUUGAGGAGUUUGUGUCAUUAGUGGUCGGACUCUCCAUAGCUUGCGAGCAGUGCUACAAGUUGCAAAUGAAGCAGAAGGCCAGGAAGUGAAUCCUGCAAGAGGACGUGUUUUAUGUGUGUAGUCCAUUAAAUGUCCCAACUGGGUUUCCAACUUC